CUGUAGUAAGCUGGCUACCGAGCAGCUGCUGACACUUUUUGUUGGGAGGCGGGUAACCGUUUGAAUUCUUGAGUGACGGGCGAAUAUUUUGGUAUUAGUGGUUAUAGAACGCGGGGAGCCCAGUAGAAGGCGGGUUCUGGAGGUUUGAUACAACUUUUUUGUUUUUGUAAAGUCACGAUAAAACAUUGUAACUGAUAGAAAUACAAAUGUCAGCGAUCGCCAGGGGUGGCGACUUAGCAAGGUAGCUAACCCGUUAGCAGCAGAACAAGCCAGCCAGUUGGCGAACGUUUGCAGAGCGUUGCGGUGCGAUGAGAAGUGAACCAGGGUCGAUGUUACCUCAUCGCGGGUGGUAGAUCUUCGUCAAACUAGAGUUUUCCCCCACAAACACGUAUCUUUGGAACUUUCUGGCUGGCUGAUCCCCGUACAAAAUAGACCACGGAUAGCCAUUUAAAGAGAACAGGGGAAGUUGUCCGGACAGCGAGCUCAGGUCCCAAGUUCUAAAACAACUUUGCAAAAGUUUAUGAACCGUGGUAAAUCGGCCAAAUAGGGGAUUUCAUGCCGGUCCAUGUGCUUAUUUGGAUAGUUAGCGUGUCUGAAAGAGUUAGCUAGCAACCCAGCUAGCUUUCAAACUUUGCAGCGCUAGCUAAGACCGAUACCGCUAUUAGCAACCUUGCUGUAUCAGACCUGCAGAACAUUGGGAACAGCAGCAAUGGAAGAAAAUGAUAACAUGGAGUAUUUUUACCAGCAAGUUUUGCAGAAGGACGUGGCUCGGCGACUACAGGUUGGCCAAGAUCUCAUUGACUUCCUCAACGAUCCGCAAAGAUCGCCCGAUGUGGAGCAGGACAAAUCCCGUCUAGAUAAAACUAUGGACGAGCUAACGGGAUGGGUGAAUUCAAGCAAUUACAAGGUGGCGCUGCUGGGAAUAGACAUUGUUGGAGCUUUUGUGGAUCGCUUGGCAGAGCGCUUCAGAGGCUAUAUAGGAACAGUGGUCCCUGCUCUGAUUGACAGACUGGGUGACUCUAAGGAGCAGGUGCGGGAGCAGUCUCAGGCCCUCAUUCUCAGGCUGAUGGAACAGACGGCCCCCGUCAUGUACGUUUGGGAACGGCUGCUCCCCGGAUUCAAACACAAGAACUUCCGGAGCAGGGAGGGGCUCUGCCUGUGCCUUGUCGCUACGCUAAACUUGUACGGCGCUCAUCCUCUGACCCUCAGCAAGAUUGUCCCAUACCUCUGCACACUGACAGGAGACUCCAAUGGACAGGUUCGAGAAACCGCGACGUCCACGCUGGUGGAGGUGUACCGCUUCGUGGGGGAGAAAGUGAGAGUCAGCCUGAACAAGCAGGGCCUGCCGGCCGCACGGUUGCAAGCGAUACUCUGCAGGUUUGAUGAAGUGCUGAACUCUGGAAACAUGGCUCUGAGCCUCAGCAAUGACAAAAGUUUUGACGAUGACGAUUCUGUGGACGGGAGCCGGUCCUCCUCUGCCCAGCCGGCCUUCAAGGUCCCGGCCGCCAAGAAGCCCACGAACCAGAGUGCCACCCGCAGGCCGAGCGCCGCCGGCGCCGUUAAGCCCGGAGGGCCCUCUAAGGACGGGGCAGGGGGCAUCGACGAGGAGGACUUCAUCAAGGCCUUCACGGACGUCCCCGACGUGCAGAUCUACUCCGCACGAGACCUGGAGGACAACCUGAACAAGAUCCGAGAGAUCCUGUCUGACGACAAGCACGACUGGGACCAGAGGGCCAUUGCACUGAAGAAGGUGCGGUCGCUGCUGGUUGCCGGGGCGACGGACUACGACUGCUUCUACCAGCACCUGCGCCUGCUGGACGGCGCCUUCAAGCUGUCGGCCAAGGACCUGCGGUCCCAGGUGGUGCGGGAAGCCUGCAUCACUGUGGCGCAUCUCUCCACGGUUCUGGGCAACAAGUUUGACCACGGGGCUGAGGCCAUAGUUCCCAUCCUCUUCAACCUCAUCCCCAACUGCGCCAAGGUGAUGGCCACGUCGGGCGUGUCCGCCAUACGCUUCAUCAUUCGGCACACCCACGUUCCCAGGCUCAUCCCCUUGAUAACCAGUAACUGCACAUCCAAAUCUGUUUCUGUGAGGAGGCGCUGUUAUGACUUCCUGGACCUGCUGCUGCAAGAGUGGCAGACCCAUUCGCUGGAGAGACACACGGCCGUCAUGGUGGAGAGCAUAAAGAAGGGAAUCAGGGAUGCAGACGCCGAGGCCAGGGUGGAGGCCCGGAAGGCGUACUGGGGCCUGCGGAACCACUUUCCCGCCGAGGCGGACAGCCUGUACAACUCCCUGGAGUCCUCGUACCAGCGCAACCUGCAGUCCUGCCUGCGCAGCUCCGGCAGCGCCGCCUCGCUCCCCCAGUCCGACCGCUCGUCCUCCAGCUCCCAGGAGAGCCUCAAUCGCCCUCUGUCAUCCAAGUGGUCUGCGGCUCCAGGGAGAGUUCCCGUCGGCGCCAGGACGACCGGCUCGCCUGGGUCCCUGCAGCGCUCCCGCAGCGACGUUGACGUCAACGCCGCCGCCGGGGCCAAGGCCCGACACGGCGGGCAGGCGGGGGGCGCCAGCCGCCUGAACGCCUCGGGGCUGCCCCCGGGGUCCUACGCCUCCCUGGACAACGCGUCUGAUAAAAUGGAUGGUCGACUGCGCUCCAAACAGACCCUCUCCACAGUGUCAGGGACCCCAGCCAGCUGUCAGGUGGAUUCCAGGAGUCGCAGUCGAACCAAAAUGGUCUCCCAGUCCCAGCGUUCUGAAGAUUCAGAUUGCACGCCAGGAUCUCAGUCUGCUGCCCCUGGCGGUGCGGGCAGCAGGUCCGGGUCCCCGGGCCGGGUUCUGGCCAGCACGGCCCUCAGUACCGUCAGCACGGGGGCCCAGCGGGUGCUGGCCACCUCCGGCUCCCAGAGGCGCAGCCGCAUCCCGCGCAGUCAGGGCUGCAGCCGCGACUCCAGCCCCACCCGGCUCUCCGUAGCUCCUUCAAACCAAAGUCAGAUGUACAGUGAGCGGAGUAGUCGAGCGCGCGGUAGCCGAAUCCCUCGGCCUAGCAUGAGUCAGGGCUGCAGCCGGGAGGCCAGCCGCGAGAGCAGCAGGGACGCCAGUCCUGUCCGCUCUUUCCAGCCCCUGGCACCCCGACACUUCUCCAGGUCCACCGGGGCCCUCCACACCCAGGAUGUGUUUGGGGCUGCAGGUUCUGGUUUGGGAGUGGGUCAGUCAGUCAGCGCCAUGCGGAUCCUGAACCCAAGCUCUGAUGUAGAGGAAGCUCUGGCUGAUGCUCUGCUGUUGGGAGACAUGAGGAGUAAGAAGAAGCCGGCCAGGCGGAGGUACGACGCGUACGGGAUGUACUCGGACGACGACGCCAACAGCGACGCGUCCAGCGCCUGCUCGGAGCGCUCCUUGAGCUCGCGCAACGGCGGCGUCCCCACCUACAUGCGGCAGACGGAGGACGUGGCCGAGGUGCUCAACCGCUGCGCCAGCGCCAACUGGUCCGAGAGGAAGGAGGGCCUCAUGGGCCUGCAGAGCCUCCUCAAGAACCAGAGGACCCUCAGCCGCGUGGAGCUGAAGAGACUCUGUGAGAUCUUCACCAGGAUGUUCGCUGACCCACACAGCAAGCGAGAUGUGCGAGGCGAUCUCUCAAGCAGGUGCUAUGGCUCGGCAGAAUCCGGUAUAAGCUCAGCCUCCUUUAAGAGAGUGUUCAGCAUGUUCCUGGAGACCCUGGUGGACUUCAUCCAUGUGCAUAAGGAGGACCUGCAGGACUGGCUCUUCGUCCUGCUCACGCAGCUGCUGAAGAAGAUGGGCGCUGACCUGCUGGGCUCGGUCCAGUCCAAGGUCCAGAAAGCGCUGGACGUCACCAGGGAGUCCUUCCCCAAGGACUUGCAGUUUGCCAUUCUGAUGAGGUUUACGGUCGACCAGACCCAGACACCCAACCUGAAGGUGAAGGCGGCCAUCUUGAAGUACAUAGAGACGCUGACCAUGCAGAUGGAGCCCACGGACUUUGUCAAUUCCAGCGAGACUCUUUUGGCCAUCUCUCGCAUCAUCACCUGGACCACAGAGUCCAAGAGUUCUGAUGUCAGGAAGGCGGCACAGUCGGUCCUGAUCUCCCUCUUCCAGCUGAACACCCCAGAGUUCACCAUGCUGCUGGGCUCCUUGCCUAAAGCCUUCCAGGACCAGGCUACCAAACUCCUGCAGAACCACCUGCGCAACACCGGCAACACUGCGCAGGCCUCAGUGGGCAGCCCCCUCACCGCCCGACACACCCCCCGCUCCCUGGCCGGCUGGUCCAGCCCCCUCACCUCACCCACCAACCUCUCUCAGAACACACCCUCACCAAGCGCAUUCGACUACGACACGGAAAACAUGAACUCGGACGACAUCUACAGCUCCCUGCGGGGAGUGACCGAGGCCAUCCAGAACUUCAGCGUGCGCAGCCAGGAGGACAUGAACGACCCUCCCCGGCGGGACGGCAAGAGAGACGGGGAAGGGGACGCCGGCGGCUUUGGGGGCGGUGGUGUGGACACCCUGGACUCUGGCCGCACCGCGUUGGACAAUAAGACCUCUCUCCUCAACACCUUGCCUCUGAAACACUCCAGCCCACGCGGAACGCGCGACUACAACCCCAUCAAUUACUCCGACGACUCGUCCAUUCUCAAGGACAGCAGCACGGGCUCAUUGGCACUGUACAGCAGCUUGGACCAGUCAGAGAUGGUGGCUGAGAUCCUGAAAGAUCUGUCCAAUCACGAGGAGCGCGUGGAGGAGAGGAAGGCGGCGCUGAGCGAGUUGAUGAAGCUGAUUCGGGAUAAGCAGCUGCUGGUCUGGGACGAGCACUUCAAAACCAUCCUGCUGCUCCUGCUGGAGACCCUGGGGGAUCGGGAGCAUGUGAUCAGGGCGCUGGCGUUGAGAGUGCUGAAAGAGAUCCUGAACUGUCAGCCCUCGCGCUUCAAGAACUACGCAGAGCUCACCAUCAUGAAGGUCCUGGAGGCCCACAAAGACGCUCACAAGGAGGUGGUGCGUGCGGCAGAGGAGACUGCAGCCAUGCUGGCGACCUCCAUCAGCCCAGAGCAGUGCAUCAAGGUCCUGUGUCCCAUCAUCCAGUCGGCCGACUACCCCAUGAACCUGGCCGCCAUCAAAAUGCAGACCAAAGUAAUCGAGCGCAUCCCCAGAGAGCAUAUGAACCAGCUGCUCCCCGAGAUCGUCCCCGGGCUCAUCCAGGGCUACGAUAACACAGAGAGCAGCGUGCGCAAGGCCUGCGUGUUCUGCCUCGUCGCCAUUUACACCGUCAUCGGGGAGGAGCUGAAGCCACACCUCGGCCUGCUGUCCGGCAGCAAGCUCAAGCUGUUAAAUCUGUACAUCAAGCGGGCUCAGUCGGGCCCUGGCGGGGGCGAUCCCACAGCAGACCUCUAGAGCCGGGGCUUAAGAGCGCGGGCGGACAUCGCCUCCUGCUGGCCGGUCAGAGCAUGACUGAGACUCUCACGGGAAGCGCAGUCGGGCUGUGGCCCUCACAGUGCAGGACACCCUCUCCUGGUCUCCACCCUGCAUGCUGCCUGCUACACUUGGCUCUGGAACUUUCCGUGUGCAGCUCAGCAGUGUCAUCCUUCAUUCAGACGCGUUGCUUCUACAUCACAGACGGGGUUCCAGUUCCAGCCCGUCUCCCACCUCCUGCAGCACAAUCCUACCAGUAUUCCUCAUCUCAGUUACGGCUUUAUAUCUUUUUUUCCUGUUUCUGUAAAGCUUAUGAGGAAGUCAAUCAACUGCUUUAAACAGGAGUGGAGAAAGGUGCUUCUGUUCAGUGAUCUAUUUUGUUUUUGUCUCUUAAGCAUUGUUUGUUUUUACUUCAGUUCCAGUAUAUACAAAUAAAAGUGCAGAUUUUUUGUUCCUGAUGAUGGUUCAGAUGGGCUGAGAUAGUGGGAAGGUUUCUGUAAUGGUGACCUCAAAAGUGCUAGACCCAGGAUCAUGCAUCAAAUAUUAAUCCAUUUACAACGCUAAUGGAACAUGUCUGCUGCCAUGGCAACGGUGCUCCUUCAAACAUGAAGCCUUAGCCAGACAGGAAGGAAGCAUUUUCACUCCAUUAUCUCCUCUUCUGUGGUUGCAUAGCCAUAUGCGAGAACACGUUAAAUAUUUCACGGGGCUGAAACAGUUCCUUAAUUUUAGGUUUCACGAGGGAAAGAGAUCGUUUAGAAUGCUGUUUGCUCUCAGCUCGCCAUGGUUUUUACUUGGUGACUUGAGUGAAUUUCUGCAGUCAGCACCAACACCUGAGUUACUGCAGCAACAGGCAGGCCUGUCCGGCACUGCAGCCACCUUACAGGGAGCCGAUCGCUGGGGCAGGCGUCAGGUGGUACGAUCUGUUCGCUUUCCGCGGUGCAGUCUGAGGUGAAAGGUGGUUAUAGUUGCUGGGGUGUCAUGACCUUCAAGGAUGUGCUAAUGUAGCACAAGUGCGGUACGUUUAGUAAAGUCUCCCUUUUGGCCUGCACGGCUUUUUGUUUCUGUUAACAAUCCCCUAACAUGAACAGAAAUUUUCCUUCUCAACUGAUUCUCCACCUAUAGCAGGGUUUCAUGCAGUCUUCCUGUCAAAUCUUGUGUGAUGCAUUUGGGGAAAUCUCUGUAACCGUGGCUCCCCUAAAAAUCAUAUACAGAACUGAUGAGAUGAGCGAUAUCCUGUUCGGGGAUGUUACAGAAUGUGCUGGGUGUCCAAGAGGGGGUCUCAGGUCACACAUUGUACCCCUGAAACUUCCCCUUGCAUUUGUACACACACACACGCACACACACUCACACACUCAAUCUCUCAUCUGUUCUCUCCUGUGUUCUCACUGUCUGAUCUCUGUCUCUGAUUUGAUCUUCUUUCAACACCUUCUGAACACCAUUUGCUUUCCCGAGAGUUCAGCCAGAAACUGAAAAGAUUCAUUAAUGAGCGGCCUGUUGGCUGGAGGCUGAAUUUAUCCUAUUUUCUCUUGUCGCAAAAGUAGUUAUUUUUCUUCAAUGGAAAAUUUGUAGAAAUGUAUUUACAGACUUGAAUGGCAAAAUGGCAUCAACGUCACCCUUUUUCCUCUUUAACAGUUGUUUUUUCUUUUUUGUUUUGUUGCUUGUGAGUGUAUCAUUUUAGUUUUCACUUCUGGUUCCUUUGUGUAUUUAUAUACCCGUGCAUAGUUGUGCAUAUACCGGAAAUAAAAUUGUACAGAACCUUGAAAAA